CUGGUGAGGCCUAGACUUCCAGGGGAGCCUGAGCUUCCGGUAGCUCGAGUGUCGGCGGUUGGAGGCUCCGUGGCUUGGUUUUUUUUCUCCCUCACCCUGCCGCUCGCCCAUGAUCGAGAGCGGAGCCGGUGCUCAGGAUGAUGUCGCUGGAUUUCCUCAAUGAUGUCCGGCGGAUGAACAAGCGGCAGUUAUACUAUCAGGUCUUGAAUUUUGGUAUGAUUGUGUCUUCUGCACUGAUGAUCUGGAAAGGAUUGAUGGUUCUGACUGGGAGUGAAAGUCCAAUUGUAGUUGUGCUCAGUGGGAGUAUGGAACCUGCCUUCCACAGAGGUGACCUUCUGUUCCUGACCAACCGCAUAGAAGAUCCCAUCCGAGUUGGCGAGAUUGUGGUUUUCAGAAUUGAAGGACGAGAAAUUCCAAUAGUACACAGAGUGCUGAAAAUUCACGAGAAGGAAAAUGGAGACAUCAAAUUUCUGACGAAAGGUGACAACAAUUCUGUUGAUGACCGAGGCUUGUACAAACAGGGACAACACUGGCUAGAGAAGAAAGAUGUAGUGGGACGUGCGCGUGGGUUUGUACCUUACAUAGGUAUAGUGACCAUUUUAAUGAAUGACUAUCCAAAAUUUAAGUAUGCGGUACUUGUUCUGCUGGGGCUCUUUGUCCUUGUGCAUCGAGAGUGAAGAAUGGGUGAAGUUUGUCCAAGGAUAUUAGUCAAACCAAAUGUUUAAAAUGAAGAAAAUUACUGGCAGGCGUGCGACUUUGCAGCUAUUUCCAUGGAUUUCUGCUUACUGCCACAUGGUGAUUGUGUUUUUAAUGAAGAUCAGUACUGUAGGAAUGUUCACAAGUGAUGAACUGAAAGAUGUCACCUUGCGCACACACACACACGUUCCCCAUUAUUUUUUGUUUACUGAAUCUAAAUUUUUACUGCAGCCUGGAGUUGGUCAGGCAUUUGGUUGGGGUGGGGGGGGGGGGAAGAGAGGUUUGAAGCCAGGUGGGUCGAUGCCAGUUUGCACCUUUUAAAGCUUGGCGCUUUUUUUGGUGUGCUGCUGCUGUUUCAGUCUGAAUACAAAUUGGAGUACAUUGUGGGUUUGCUGGUAUUGGUCAGGAAGCAGGCCACCUCCCAGUACACUUUCUCAGCAUAUCCAAGAAACAUGGUGUCCCCUAACUUGUUUGGAAACCUCAAAUACCUCUGACCAAAGCAUACACGAUACAGUAAAUAGCUGGCAGCAGCAGUUGAAACCCAAAGACGACAAAUGGGCCAGUGAACUGUGUGUCAAUCUUUAAAAAUGGAGCCAAGUUCCAUGUUCUUACUUGGAACCCAUUUGGAAGGGAAGUUGAAGCUUGCCUAGAUUCUCCUUUAUUGCAGAUUGAAAAUGUGAAAUACCAAAUAUUGGACAGUUACGCAGAUACUUAAACUAUGACACAUUGUACAGUUGGAAGUCACUUCUUUUCCAGUUCACCUGCUAUCUUUAUUUAUUCGAUCACCUUACUUUAAAUAAGAUGAUCGUAGAAUACGUCUAACCCUCUGUAUGUUCUGUCAGAUUGGUGGAAAUGUUGUACUCUUCAAACCAUAUCCAACCGUUUGACGUCAGAACAAUGUCCAGUACUUGGUUGUGAAAAGGUUUGGUGAGAUUAGGGAGAGCCUUCAUCCAGAGAUGGUCCUGAUUAUUAUUAACCAUUCUGUCCAUCACAACUUGCAAAUUAUUCACAAAUGUAAAAUGAGAGUCAUGAUUUGGAGAUGUCGGUGUUGGACUGGGGUGGACAAAGUUAAAAAUCGCACAACCCCAGGUUAUGGUCCAACAGGUUUAUUUGGAAGCA